GGCGUUCUCCGCGAGGGCGGCGAGGGGCGGAGCCGGGAGAUGGCGUCCGGAGCGGUUCGCUGCCUGGCCCUGGCGUCCGUCCGAUCCGGUGCUGUCCGGAGCGGGCCGAACUUGAGGAACGGUGGCAAUGCCUCCGCUCUACGAGGCAGUUCAGGUCGGAGCCUGGUGCCGUCGAGGUCAGUCAUCGUUACCCGCAGCGGCGCCAUUUUGCCCAAGCCAGUGAAAAUGUCCUUUGGCCUUCUCCGCGUGUUCUCCAUUGUGAUCCCCUUUCUCUAUGUGGGGACCCUCAUCAGCAAGAACUUUGCUGCUCUACUUGAGGAGCAUGACAUUUUUGUCCCAGAGGAUGACGAUGACGAUGACUAACAGGGUGUGGAGGAAAUACAGAAAGGAGAAAGCAUGGGCUGAAGAAACGGUGAUGCUCUCAGCUUCUCUUUCCCAUCAGCAGAAGGGCUCAGGGAAAGCCCUCCGUUUUGCCUUUCCAGUGGUCUGUGACCACAACCCAGAACCUGUGCUUUAGGAGGUUUCCUGAGAUGUGCUGUCCCCUGAGCACUGGAAAAACAAGCAAUUAUGAGUAACAUAAUAAACAUCAGCUGUGUCUGACUGAAA